AACCCCUUGGAAUGAAAAAAGGGGGAAAACACAGUGCCUGUAGCCGAGCAGGAGAUUAAAAAAAUACUUUCACUUCUCUUUUCCCCAUUUGGGCAGAAACCUGUGAGGGUGAGUCAGUCUGUCGGCCGACUUCCUGUUCUGGGUCUGGGCAGCCACACUGCAUGCAGGCUGGGCUGACGGGGGAGCUCAUAAGCCAGGCUCUGAGACCCAGGCAGGGCCUAGGGUGGGAAGAUGGCAGGUGUGGGCAGCGACCUGAGUACCAGGAGGCUGAAUGGAGUUGUUUCACGAGUAGCAAAUGAGAUGAACUAUCUUCCUGCACACAGCCAAAGUUUGCAAAGGAUAUUCACGGAAGACCAGGAUGUAGAUGAGGGGCUUCUCUAUGACACUAUAUUCAAGCACUUCAAAAGACAUAAGCUGGAGAUUUCAAAUGCAAUAAAAAAGACAUUUCCAUUCCUUGAGGGCCUCCGCGACCGUGAACUCAUCACAGAUAAAAUGUUUGAAGAUUCUCAAGAUUCUUGUAGAAACCUGGUCCCUGUACAAAGAGUGGUGUACAAUGUUCUCAGUGAGCUGGAGAAGACAUUUAACCUGCCAGUUUUGGAAGCACUGUUCAGCGAGGUCAACAUGCAGGAAUACCCCGAUUUAAUUCACAUUCGUAAAAGCUUCAACAAUGCAAUCCAAGACAAAUUGUCUUUCCAAGAAAGCGAUCGAAAAGAAAGGGAAGAGAGGCCUGACAUCCAACUAAGUCUUGAACAAGUUUCUGGUGAACUAGAAGAUUACCAAAUGACCAAAGAAGGAGAAUCAGAAGAGCUUGCUUCUAGCUUGCUAUGAUGUGAUGUACCAAGAGCAGAGCAACCAGCAUGUGAAAAUGAGAAGUGCUCCUAUGUCAUGGGUUUCUCCGAAGAAGUGCCAGAAAGCCCAGAAGCAAAGAUGGAAAAUGGCCAAGCAUGUGGCAAAAUGGAUACUGUGGGUAUUGGAAACAACUCUACUUUGGAAAAACCCAGGAGGAAGAGAAAAAAAAAGAAGGGGCAUUCCUGGACCAGAAUAAAAAGCGGAACGCAGAAAAAAAUCCAACAACAUGAUAACAGCAAACCCGGUGGCCAGCUGGUCCCUAAUGAAGAGAAGGCGAAAGUGAAUCUGCAAGGCCUUUCCAAGAUCAGCGGGAGUAAGAGAAGCAAAAACCUGGAAACCCACUUUUCAACUCAGAGUGACAGAGCUCCCAACAGAAAAGGGUCCGAUCGAGAGGGAAGGCCAGACCCUCCCGCUAUUGAUCUCGAUCAGAAAUUGGGUGGUUCUAGAUACAAUGUGGUGAGUGGCCACAGUCUGAGCACUGGGAACAAAGAGGGCUCAGGAUCAACUUACCCUGGUCUUACAGGAAGCUUCUUGAAGUGUAUACAGACUGAGGAUGGAAAUUGGUUCACCCCCGGAGAAUUUGAAACCAAAGGAGGCUACGCAAGAUCAAAGAACUGGAAGCUGAGUGUGCGCUGUGGCGGGCGGCCCCUACAAAGGCUGAUAGAGGAAGGAUCUCUACCUAAUCCUCCAAAAAUACAUUACAGGAACCAGAAGAGAAUACUGAAGUCUCACAACAAUAGCUCAGUGGACCCUUGUAUGAGAAACUUGGAUGAGUGUGAGGUGUGCCGGGACGGAGGGGAGCUGUUCUGUUGUGACACUUGUUCAAGAGUCUUCCAUGAAGACUGUCACAUCGCGCCUGUGGAAACUGAGAGGACCCCGUGGAGUUGCAUCUUCUGCAGGAUGAAGGAGUCUUCAGGAAGCCAACAGUGUUGUCAGGAAUCUGAGGUCCUGGAGAGGCAGAUGUGUCCGCAGGAACAGUUGAAAUGUGAGUUCCUCCUCUUGAAAGUCUAUUGCUGUUCUGAGAGCUCCUUUUUUGCCAAGAUUCCAUACUAUUAUUAUAUUAGAGAGGCGUGUCAAGGCCUGAAGGAGCCCAUGUGGUUGGAUAAAAUCAAGAAAAGGCUGAAUGAGCACAGUUACCCCCAAGUGGAGGGGUUUAUACGAGACAUGCGCCUCAUCUUCCAGAACCACAGGGCCUCUUACAAGUAUAACGAUUUUGGCCAAAUGGGACUUAGACUGGAGGCUGAAUUUGAGAAGGAUUUCAAGGAAGUGUUUGCUAUUCAGGAAACAAAUGGGAACAGUUGACUGGUUGAGUGGAUGCUGAAGGCCGUCAGGAAAUGGUACCCCAAAAUAUGCCACUGCCUUGCCACUGACUUCAAACUGAGAGCACUUGGGAAAUAGCACAAGCAGGGAGGGGCUUUUCUCUGAGCCUCCCUCAUCUGCCGAAAGUCAAAUCCUCAAAAGAAAUUCAAUCAUCAUGAAUCACAUCCCCAAGAAUCUCACCAACCAGGGAAGAGUAACUGAGAUCACAGGGAAGGAGAUUGGAGGUGACACCAGCACAGACAGAUUCUCACCUCUUCUCCUGAGGUCGGCUUGAGAUAACAUUUAUUACUCACAAGACCUUUCUCCUCUGUUUUUUUUUGAGACGGAGUCUCACAUUGUCACCCGGGAUCGGAGUGCAAUGGCGCGAUCUCGGCUCACUGCAACCUCUGCCUCCCAGGUUCAAGCGAUUCUCCUGCCUCAGCCUCCCAAGUAGCUGGGAUUACAG